AAAGGUAAACACAGAUUUCGUUGUGUGUGGGGAACACAGCUGAAGUUUCGAAUUCUCGCAUUUUACAACUAAAACAACAUGUUUGCAGCAAGUAAAUCACUCCUGAGAACUGCCGCAGGCUUCAGGGUAGCUAAUAGAGGGAUGUCAGCCUCAGUUUUUACUCGAAAACCGUUGGCAACAAUAUCCAGGACGGGACAGCGGGGAAUGGCAGAGAUCACGGAAUCCGCUGCAGCUGAUGUGAAGAAAACACAUCUCAGCCCAGCGUUGAACCGAGUAUUGGUGUCUCCUUUCCAGAAGAGGAUCUUGGUCAUGAGCAACAUGUUUCCCACGAUUGCUGAGGUACCCGAUAAAGUCUCAUACCAGAAGCUAAAGAAAGCCAAGGAAUGGUUCAGGAUCCGACUCAACAUUGGUAUGGCCCUAGCCACCCUGAUCGGCUGUUUAACCAUGAUAUGGGCUGGCAAGCGUGAACAUGACUUUGGCAAUUCCGUAGUUCAGGAAAACUAUAGGUGGCAUAAGAAGCACUUCGAUGAAAGGCAGGCGGCUGCUGAUGCUAAACACGUUGCUGAAGAAAACGCCAAGCCGGCUGCUGCAUAAAUGGACACUUAAGAUAUAGGAUCCUUUGCAUACCGGUAUAGGCAAUUUGUGUAUAUUUCGUAGCUGCCUUUUUUACAUCGGACCUAUUGAAAUGGUGGGAUUUUUGGAUCUUUUUGAAAUCAUAGAUUCGGAGAUCGCUGUCAACAAUCAAAUGUCAGCUAGACUUCUUGAUUAUAACUUGUGGACAACUUGAUAAAGAAUUUGCCUCUUUCCAGAUGAACGCCUCCUAUGAAAUUUGUCAAGUUGUGGGUUCAACCUCUGUUGGUUUCACUGUCAUGGCUGACUAGGUGUCAGAAAGAAAGGGUUGACUGCAUGAGCUAUUUUGUGUGCUUCGUUAAAGAGCUCGACCACUUGACUAGGCCAGUAGGGGGGCCGAUCUGGAAGGAGGACAAUUCCUUAAGCUUAGGACUGUACAAACAAUGUACAUCCAUUGUAUCAAGUUUCAAUAUAUUGUUAGUUUCUUCGAGACGAAAAAUAAUGUGUUAAAUGUUUGAUUUUAAGUUGUGUUCUCAGAAGUUGCUACAUGUAUACAUAUUCGAUUUUGCAUGAAAAAAAAGAAGAUUAAUGAGGUAAAGAAAUUUCUUUUAAAAAGAAGAUUAAAAUUGUGUUAUGAAAUAAUAUUCAACUUCAGUUUGGUUUUAAUUUCAAGUUUGACUUGUUAAAUUUUGGCAUUUCGUAACAAAAUGGAAUUAAGAGAUUAUUGUGCAUACUGUAUUUUCUCGAGGCAAUAUUGAAUAUCAUGAGGCAUUAAAUACUUGUAAAAGUUAACAGGGUUAUAAAAACGUAUGAACUUGUAUUAUGAAUCAUCUGUUUAUACAUAGACAUGUGCUUGUAUGGAGAGUUGGCUUUGAAUUGUAAACAAAAGAGGAAAAGUUAUUGAUUUUACAUGCAGUUGCUGUCUGGAAAUUGGAAUAUUGAUCCAAGGGAACCAAUGGACAGUCUACGGAAUUGCUUGAGGCCAGCUGCUUCAGCUGAGGAGGAAAAAUGCCAUAUAGGCCUAUAUCGUUAUUUAUCGCUUCUAAACUGUAAAAAGAUUGGAAGUUGAAUCUUUACCAAGUUCUUCUGUCACAAGAAUUCACAGAGUGAUUAUCUGUCAUGCUUUAUUUAGGCAGUGCAGUGCCAUCGCACAUUUUGAAGCCAAAGUUAUGUCUUUUGUCAUGAUAUUGUCAAUCUCGCAUGCUGAAUGGAAAAUUUUCAAGAAUAAAAUUGUAUUUAUUUACUGUCUGCUGUCCAUCAGUAUAUUGCCAGUAAUUUGAUAUACUUUACAAUUUAUGGUUACAACCAAGUGCUCUGCCUGUAGCGUUCAGUAUAAACUGACAAAGAGUCUUUUUGAAAAGGUAUAUAUAUAGAAAUGUACGAAUUGCUCAUUUAUCGAAUAUGGGUCUUAUGAACUUGUGUUGUGUUUGGCUAGGACAUGUUGACAUUAUUCAAAGUCACAAUGUCCAUUGAUCAGUCUUUAGCUGUGCCCUGGAAGGCAAACUUUGAACAUCCCAUAGUCAUUGUUACUUGGAACUCCCCUAUUUUCCAGCUCUUGAAUCCACAAUGGUAAAACCUUGAGUCGAAGAAACAUUUUACCUCAAAAAUGUCUGCAUAAAUUGACAGAAACUCUGACAAAAGCAUACGGGUGUUUGUAUUUUCAACAGAUUCGUUGAAGUAUUCGAAAUAACAUUCACGAACUUGUUUGCUUUGCUAUUACCAAAGAUUAUUGCAUUGAUAGAUUUAUCUCCCAGUGAGUCCAAUUGUCGUGAUAAUCGGAUAAAUGUGCAAUCUUUUCCAUUCAGGUAGGCUCCCAUAAUGAGAUUUUGAAGGGGGCAUCUAAAUUUUAAAUUUUAAAGGGAGCAUUGAACGUGGUUAAACCGCUGAAUAGUGCCAUACAAAUGAUUAUUAUUAUUAUUAUCUAGGCAAAAACGUCCUCAUGAGAAACCUGAGUCAAUCGGCAUUUAGAAGCCAACUAAAAUCUAUCAAAUGUGUUCUCCAAGGAUUUAAAAAAAGGUUUCAGUGUUCAGUGUGUGUAGUAUUUUUCAUCAAUGUCAAUGCCAACAAAUAACCAAUCGAAACCCCUUGUCAAAGAUAAGAUAAUCGCUUUAAAUGUUUUAUGUGCUAAGUUUGUUGCGUUGCAUUUACAUGUGAGUGACUAAAAAACUCUUAAUAUCAAACUGCUGUGAAUUUGGUUGUGAAGGAGGAACAUACAUGAAGACUGUUUAAUCACUGGUAAAAGAUUUGAAUCUUUGCAAAGUUGUUCCAAUACCAUUAUUGUUUACUUACUGUUAGAUGUACUUGUUCAUUUUCAGGCCUAUGUUCUUGUCUGUAAAUACAGAUCCAAAUGUAAUUGUUCAACUGAAGUUAUAAAUCAACCAGCAACAAUUCCCUUUAACAUAAAUCUUAAAACAAUCUAUCUCAUUUUGUCAGUUUAAGGCUUGCUUAUCAUUUGACACCCUAUGUACAGUGGUCAUGGCCACCGAUAUUUGGGCCACCAAGUUUGAGAAAAUAAUAACAAAAACCCUGUGGCUUUUAAUAGCAAAUUGACUCAUGGCUGGGGCAUAAUAACCAACCCAGUUCAUUGAAGUCAGUGUGCCAGGAUUGACAGCUGGAAAAAACAUCCAGAGUAUCAAGCUGUCAGAAAAUAGGUUGAUAAGUUAUUUCCAUGUACACGGUGUGUGAUUUCCAACCAUUCUGAGGUCUAUGGUGAUGGGUGAAGGUAAACAUACCUGCCAGGGAAAUUUGUUGUUUCUCUUGCAAGUACACCACGGAUUGUCUCGGCUCCUCAUUUCUGAACUGUACUCACAAUUUCUGUACAUUAUAGGCGUACUCUCGUCCCUGAGAACAAUAGCAGGUUUGGUGCAUUUUCGGGUUUUUCAAAAUUUCAGGCAUAUACAUAUCACUUGAAUUCUUGUAAUUUGAUCCAGAACAGUAUUACUCUGGAAGAUUGAAGCUCCCCUUAUUCAUUUCUGCACACACCUCAAAAUACAAAAAAUGCACCAAGUCCGCUAUUGCACUAAGGGGCUCAAUUUGCCUCUCUGGUCAAGGUUGUUCAAUGUCUAUCAUCAGUUUUUUUCAGUUUAAUCCAAAAAGACUAAACUUAUGAGAAAAUCAUCAGAAAAGUGGAUGUUCCCCAGAUCCCAAUUCAGCUCAUCAUUGUUAGCAUAAGAAGGCUUGUUUGAAGAGCUUCAUAUGAGUGCCAAUGUCCUGCAGACUUUCUUACAUUUGAUUUGGUCCUCAUUUGGCGAAAUUGAAAAAACCUGUUUUUGUAAAAAUUUCAUUUAUUCAAGAUGUGUAAAGAUAGUACUUGUAUUUUGUACAUAAUGUGUGCUACCAACGAAAUAUCGAAAUGACAGGGUAUUAACAUUAACCCUUUCUCUGCAAAAGCCUUUUUUUGGCCAGCACCAGCCUGUGCUAAGCAGUGGAUAACUAUGCUGAACUGUGCUCAAUUUUAUCUGAACAGGCAAAUAAUAUCUAAAAGUGUUGCCACAUAUAGUAUUUGGAUCAAACUCACAUUUCCCGAGUGUGUGUGGCACGCUUGGAGAGGUUGCGGCCAAGUGCUGGUGAAUUAAAAUCAUAUUAGUGUGACAUGACGUACUAUGCACAUCACCUGCAGUGAAAGGGUUAAAAAUGAUGUUGAUGUUUUUCCUUUUUCCUUACUAUUCUAGAGUAAAUACAGUUAAAAAACUAAUAUUGAGUGAUAAUCUGUGCGUGGAAUAGAAAUUGUUGUGUGUCAAGAUUUUUGAAGUCUUGACAUUUGAUGUAGUCUGUAGAUUGAUCAGAAUUCUUUAUUUUAACCCUCUUCCUGCAAAGCAGGUGAACCUCCCUCUUGCCAAAUUUCAAAGUGUAGAGUUUAAUUUUACCUCUGUGUGCUUUGUUUUCAUUGGAUUAUUUUAAAUUAAUGCUAGGGAAUGAAUGUAAGGGAGAAAUUAUACACACCAUAAUAUUCCUUCAUAGUACUCUGUCUAGAAAAAAAUUUCUCAACUGACUCGAAUUAAAGGGCUUGUCCAUGUACUACUGUUACAAACUUAAGAGAGAAACUUGAAGUUGCAGUGCUGGCUUCACAAUGUGUAGUUGAUCGUUUACAUUUUAUCUGUAUAAAUUACUGGAAGGUCUCUCCUUGUUCAGAUAUAAGCCUACUACCAGAACUUGAACUAUUGAACAGUUUAACAUACAAUGUUGCAUUUACAUGUAGUAGAGACGCAUUUGUAUGUUUAUGAAUCUCUUUCAAAUUUGAAAUAAUUCAAUGAAAAUCGAUAUAUUUUCUGAUGCAGUCAUGCAGAGCAGAUCGUAAAACUGAUGCAGAUCCUAAAGCUGUUGUACGUUUAGAUAAACUUCAUGUUAGACUACAAUGCAAGGUUGUUGUGUAUUUGGUUUGGGAAUAAAAACGAUUUUGCUUCUGAAA